GCCCACGAUGCAGAUGCUAUCCACAUGAAGCGCUUUGUUCCUUCCAGGCCGGAUUGCGGGGAAGGUACGCUAGACCUCCUGUCCGUGCGAGGACCACGAGUCCGAGCGCUAGUACAUCAACCACCUCCUCGCCCACUCCCUCUCUAGCACAACCGCACCCACACUGAAGCUCACAUACAACAAACAUUGCAGCCACUGUCUUCUACUUGAGUUAAAUACUUGACAUCACUGAUCCGCAUAUCCCGCCCAAGCCAUGUCUUCCGGCCGCAAUUCACCCCCAUUCGUUUCCCCGGGCCCUACAGACCGCCGACGUGCGUCAAUCACUGGUCAGACGUUCCAGGAUCUCUUCGGGCGACAAGGCAGUUAUUCUGGACAGCAGGGUGGCCGACCAGGAAUGUCUGGCCCCAUUACCACAGCUGCAGUGAAUGCUCAGCAACGGCGCCUCUCGCUCACAACCAUCGGCCUGUCGGCAUCACCGGGCCAGACAUCUCCUUUCCUCAGCAACCCCCGCACCCGAACCGAGAGUCUAUCCAGCGUCAAUUCGGGCUCGGUAGACGAGAGCCCCUUCGAGGAUGAUUACGCCCCCAUCGCAUCUGCUCCCGGCAGUAACCCGGCCACACCCUUCGCACGACGCCUCAGUUUCGGUGCACGAGCAAUGCGGGAUGUCAGGCAGGGUAGUGGUAGUGUUGGAAACCCAAAUGGUAGACCUUCCACCCAUAAAGCCUCUCCCCCGACUGGUGGUCGAGGACGAGGUCUGUCUUCAUUGUCGAAUUCUCUGCCCACAUCAGCACCCCUUCUACACUCCUCAUCACCUCCUGGUCUUUCUUCGAGGCGUUCAAUAUCCAUAUCCUCUGUUUGGCCGUACACAAUCGCAGAGAAUGUUGAAGACUAUCCCGAGUAUGAACACUCGCUGACAUGGUCGUCCACAGGCGAAGGCUACAACUUCGCGGAGAACCUCCGCUCCCGCGCCGAACGUGGCUCCAUUUCGGGCCCGCCGCCGAUGCUGAACGUUCCCUCGCACCAACGUGCGAAGAGUGUCGCCGUUAUGGAGCCUCCCGUCCGUGAGAUGCCCAAGCAGCCGAAGCAGCCCGACGCUAUGCAAGAGCGAAUUCUCAAGGGCGACUUCUACAUGGACUAGGUGACAUCGUGUUGCCUGAUGCAAACUAUCUGCGGCCAUAUAAAGCAGAUUUGUCCACAAGAUCACACCAAAAUGUACGAUCCGCAUUGA